AGGGCGGCGGGGAGGGCGCGCACGUCACUUCCGCGAUCCCCGGCUCUGACUGGCCGGGACGCCUCGGCGCUUCUGAUUGGCUGAGCCCGGCACCAUCCCGGGGUGCUUUGCGGCGCCGGCUCUUUUCCGCCGGCUGUUCUCCCUCGGAGGAGGCCCGUAGACAGCAGCCAUGGCGCCCAGCCGGAACGGCAUGAUCCUGAAGCCGCACUUCCACAAGGACUGGCAGCGGCGCGUGGCCACGUGGUUCAACCAGCCGGCGCGGAAGAUCCGCAGACGCAAGGCCCGCCAGGCCAAGGCCCGCCGCAUCGCCCCGCGCCCCGCGUCCGGGCCCAUCCGGCCCAUCGUGCGCUGCCCCACGGUGCGGUACCACACCAGAGUGCGCGCCGGCCGGGGCUUCAGCCUGGAGGAGCUGCGGGCGGCCGGCAUCCACCGGAGGGUGGCGCGCACCAUCGGCGUCUCGGUGGACCCGCGGCGGCGGAACCAGUCCUCGGAGGCGCUGCAGGCCAACGUGCAGCGGCUGAAGGAGUACCGCUCCAAGCUGCUGCUGUUCCCGCGCCGGCCGGCCGCGCCGCGGAAGGGCGACGGCUCGGCUGAGGAGCUGAAACUGGCGACGCAGCUGACGGGCCCCGUCAUGCCCAUCCGGAACGUCUAUAAGAAGGAGAAAGCCAGAGUCCUCACGGAGGAGGAGAAGAACUUCAAGGCGUUCGCCAGUCUUCGCAUGGCCCGUGCCAAUGCCCGGCUCUUCGGCAUCCGGGCGAAAAGGGCCAAGGAAGCUGCAGAGCAGGAUGUUGAAAAGAAGAAAUAAAGUGUCAUUGGCAACU